UUUCUUUAUGAUGCCACAGGUCCCUCUGGACAUGCUGCUGCCUGGCCAUGCCUCCUUUCCCUUUCAUCUUUCUCACUGACCAAUGGGCUUGGAGUAUUAAGGCCACGCCCCUAUUCUGCAUUCUAGUGGGGCCCUGGUUAUGCCUCCUGUGGCUCAGUUGCACAGCUGCCUGGUAGGUGACUGGAGGCAUUCAGCAGUGCUCACUGGGAUUUUGCUGAUGUGGCCCCAACCCCACCUCCCUCCCCACCCUGUGAUGUCAGAAAAAACACAACAGGGGAAAUUGGCUGCAGCCAAGAAAAAGUUAAAACAGUUUUGGUGGAGGAAGAGCCCUGGCAUUCCAGGAGGAAAGAAAAUCAAUGGCAAUAGCCCUGACACAGCCACUUCUAGUGGUUACCACUCACCUGGGGAUUCAGCAACAGGUGUGUACAGGGAGGGCCCUGCGUCAUCUACCCUGAAGGAUCUGGAGAGCCAGUACCAACAACUAGAGGUAGCCCUGGAUUCAAGCUCCACAAUAAUCGGCCAACUCAGCAAAAACAUCAAUUCACUGGGAAGAGCUCCUCGAAUGUUGAAGAAGGGGAAGUCCCGAUUACUGAAGCUCGGGAGGAGCUUGUUCAAGUUAAAACACCAGAUGGCUGAACCCCUGGCCCCAGAGCCCCCAGCAGGACCCUCUGAGGUGGAGCAGCUACAGGAGGAGACCAACCACCUAAAGAAGGAGCUGGAGAGCGCAGGAAGACGGCUCCAGGCCGAGGUGGAAAACAACAAGAUAUUGACUCUCCUGAACACCAGACUGGAAAAGAGGCUACAUAGACAGGAGAAGAGGAUACGAGAACGGGAGGAGAGUAUACAUGAACGGGAGGAGAGUAUACAUGAAUGGGAUCUGCAUACAUGGGAAUACGAGGAGAGGCUAUGUGAAUGGGAACAGAGGCUAUGCGACUGGGAAGAGGGGCUACAUGAACGGGAAGCGAGGCUGCGUCAGCAGGAGGAGCUGCCAGGGCAGGAGAGGCCGCGGGAGCUGGAGAGGAUGCUGGAGCCGGGGUGGGAAGCCCUCGAUGAGGAGUGCGACGAGCCAUCCAGCGCCUCGGAGGAGCUGAACAAGACUGUACAGCUGGUGAAGCAGAAAGUAAAGGAGAAGAAGCCGGGUGAGCUGAAAGAGAUGGUAACCUCUGACCCAUCCAAGAAGGGCUGGGAGGCGGGCACCAGCCUCUGGGAAGGGGAGGUGCCAGGCCAGAGGCAGCUGCAGCCUGGGGGCAGGUGA